GCGGAUCCCCCAUGUCGGAUGGUGGGGCAGUGAACUGACUUGAUCGUACGUGAACUUAAACCUGGGAGCUAUAUAAAGACGCUGUCGAUCGCUGUCUUUUGAGCGAAGGAAAAGAGAAAAUUGGACGAUUAUGAGACUACCGAUAACUUCAUUUACAAAACUUUUUAAUCAACAAUUCCGUGGGCCUGUAUCCAGGAACAUAAAUCGGUCUUUCUACGCCACCAUGAGAGCUGCUAGGUAUUACGGUAUCAAGGACAUUCGUGUCGAGCGGGUUCCUGAACCAUCAGUGCAGCCUGGACAAGUCAAGGUUGCCCCAAAAUUUGUUGGAAUCUGCGGUACAGAUUUACACGAAUAUCUUGGGGGACCGAACUUCUGCCCAACCAAGCCUCACCCUCUCACAUCUGAAAGUAUCCCCGUAACACUAGGCCAUGAAUUCUCAGGCAUCAUCUCCGAAGUCGGCCCAGGCGUGACUGGCUUCGAAGUCGGUCAGCCCUGCGCAGUCCAGCCAACCCUCUUCUGCGGCCACUGCGCUGCGUGCCACACCAGCGCCGAGAACGUCUGCCAUACCGGUGGGUUUCUCGGCCUCUCUGGUGGUGGUGGAGGUCUUUCCGAAUCAGUUUGUGUAAACGCCACACACGUCUUCGCGCUGCCAAAAGAUCUACCCCUGGAGAUCGGAGCACUUGUCGAGCCGCUUUCUGUGGCGUGGCAUGCUAUGUCUGCGGCGCCGGAGAUCAAUGAGAAGUCCAAGGUUGCAAUUUUGGGUGGUGGACCGAUUGGUUUGGCGAUGAUUUUGUGCUUGAAGGCCAAGGGGGUUAGUGAGAUUAUUGUUUCCGAGGUUGCCGCCUCGAGACAGGAGUUUGCGCGGCAGUUUGGUGCAACCAAGGUUGUGAACCCGAUCAAAGAGGAUCUCAACCAGAUUGUUCUUGGCUUGACUGGUGGUUUGGGUGCUGAUGUUGUUUUUGAUUGCGCUGGUGUACCAGCAAGUGUUAAAGGUGCUUGCGAAGUCGUGAGAACAAGAGGCACUGUGGUAAACAUCGCAAUCUGGGAGAAGGAGAUCCCUUUCAAUCCUAAUUGGCUGACCUUCAAAGAGAGUGCCUACAAAUCCGUUUUAGGGUACCAACGGGAAGACUUCCAAGCGGUCAUCGACAACCUCGCUUCAGGUGCAAUUAAGCCUAGCCAGAUGAUCACCAGAAAGAUCAAGAUGGAGAAUAUUGUCGAGGAUGGUAUCAAUGCGUUGAUCACCGAUAAGAACAACCAAGUCAAGAUUCUGGUGGACAUCAAUGACAAAUGAAUUAACAUGAAGGAAACAAGCAAGUAGGAGUUUGUGGAGUUCCAUGAGAGCGUGUUGAGAGAUAGCGAGCAGUCGUUUCAGUGAUAAUGUUUAUAUGUCCAAUGUUACUGAGUACAUGCUCUGUGGCCUUCCAUGUUAACCAGAGAACCCACUGCCAAUGUCCCCCAACUAUACAAAUUGACGCUUUGUGAAUGAAAGAUGAAUGCCC